CUCAGAAGCACUCAAGAAAUAGUAAAAGCACACUCAUGACCAGUUGAUGAUCCAGAAGAUGACACAAAAGCGUCGUAAGAACAGAACUGUCACGUACCAUCUGCAGUGACAGAGCAGAGAAAAGAACCAAAAGUCAGUGUUUUCCUUUUAGAGUCAGUCCGCUGCUCUGUCUGCCAAAGGCGUGUGCUCAGUCCACCUGCUCCACCGAGAGCUGCCAUCUCUGUGGCAGCCAACAUCCAUUACGCUUUAAAACACACUCAGUAAACUCAGCAUGGCGGAGGAAUGUGUCCCAAAGGAUUUAGACCCAAAAGAGAUGGGUGAGGAGGAGCUGUGGGAGCUGAUUAAUGACAACCGCCAUCGGAUCUCGUUAGGAGUGCGACCAUGCAUCUUGAUCCCGUACCUGAGGCAGGCCAGGGUUCUCAAUGAGAUGGAUGAGGAUGAGAUCCUUUCCUGCCACAACCUCACCAACCGCUGCAUGAGAACGAGCCACAUGCUGGAUCUGCUGAGAACCCAGGGAAAGAAUGGUGGUAUGGCCUUGCUGGAGAGCUUAAUGAUCCACUACCCAGCCCUCUACACCCAGGUGACUGGACACAAGCCCAGCACUGAGCCCUCAAGAUUCAGUGGCUUGAUAAAAUACUCAGAGCUGACUGAGUAUCUGGUCAGAGCCGUCACAGGGAUGCAGAAAGAGCUGCAGGAGGCCCGUAACGAGGCCAGCAAACUGAGAGCACACGGCGCCUCCCUGGAAGCGGACAUCAGUCAGAUGAUGGAGCAGGAGAUGAAGUCCAGAACCCUGCGGACCGACAACGAACGGAUCCAGAGACACUUGUGCUCUUUGCAACGUGAAGUCACCAAGCUGAAGGAUGAGAAGUGUGACUUGUAUAUUCGCUACACAGCAGCGAUCGAGGAGAAAUCAGCUGUGAAUGGGCGGCUCCACGAGCUAAACCUCCAGGUGUAUCAGCUGCAGACUGAGCUGCAAAAUGCCCAAGCAGAGAAUGAAUUCCAGAGGCAGCGGUCACUCAAGUCUGUUUGUCCUGAAUCACCGCAGCUCCAAGAUGAAGUCAGGAGCCUGCGCUGCCAGCUGGUGAAGGCAGAAAAACUAGACCCCGCUCGUCAGGACAUCUUGGCCCAAGACCUGGCAGAGGCCAUAGACAGUCAGGUGGAGCUAGCAGAGCAGCUCCGAUCAUACAGGGAGGAGAACGAACAGUUGCUCAGAGACAAAAAAAAGCUCUUGGAUCAGAACGAGUCUCUGAGCCUCCAGGUGCAGCAGCUGACUCUGGACUGCAAAAUGCACCAAGAGAAGAACACUGUGAUCCAGAACCAGAUGAAAGCUCUCCAGGCCGAGAGAGACCAGGCUUAUCAGUCCAGGGAUGAGGCCCAGGCCAUGAUCGCACGUGUCCUGGCUGAGAAGGACACCCUGAGGUGCCAGCUAGUGGAGCUACAGGAGAAGGUGUUCAGCUUACAGACCAAGCGCAGCUCUACAGAACUGCACCAGAGCUCUGAAGAGACGGAGGGCGGCUGGGACAGUCCGAGUUCCAGCAGUGAUGAAUGCCCCGUAUCAUGUCGACGCAGACUCUGCCGCAUGGAUGCAAUUAAUCCUUCAAUGGUUUCCUGUAAUUCGGAGUGUGAAGAUGGUGCUACGUGUAGCGUGCGAUCCCGAAACGCUGAGCCUCCCAGUCCGGAGUCUCUCCGCCGAAGGAAGGAAAUUCUGUAUGCAGAGAGCAGCUCAGAGGCAGCAGAGACUGACAGUCUAUUGGAUGACUUUGUGUUGCUCCCCAGCGUGGUGAACGAGGGCAUGCAGACAUUCAGGCUUUCCUCUCGUAGGAGGUCCAGCUCUCACAGCCUGUCAAGAUCCUCAGUCCCUCCCUUCCUGAUGCGUUCUCGUCCAAAAGCGAUCCGUGUCAGUGGCAGAGUUCUCAGCAUCUCCUUCCAGGGUGAGGCGCUGCUCAGCCAGCUGGCAGUAGUGGGGGGCAAUAAGACGGGAGUGUUUGUGCAUCAGGUGACUGAAGGCAGUGCAGCUCACACGGUUGGCAUCAGCCCCGGGGCUCAGAUAGUGGAGGUGAAGUACGAGAAGAAUCAGAAGGCUCUGAGGAUGGUGCUGGAAGAUUCCACUUUAGAGGAAGCCAUGUGGGCUCUUGGCCAGGUUGCAGGCAUCUGUCAUCUCUCCCUCCGCCCCAGGCAAGAUGACUACGAGGCGCUGCUGCAACAGCUGCAGAGCAGUGAGACAUCAUCAGGAGACUCCUUCUACGUACGUGUCAACAUGUCCCUCGCUGCCGGCCCCGGAGGAACCCUGGCCGUGUCCUGUAACGACAUCCUGCAUGUGACGAACACGCGGCCCGCCGGCAUUGACGACUCGUGGUGCGCCAGUCACGUUCACCCGUGUCAGCUGCUGGACCUGCAGAGUGGAACUGUUCCCAAUUAUUACAGGGCACAGCGGCUUCUGAUUCGAGCUAUUGAGGACAUGAGCUUUCAAGCAAAGAAGUCUGAAAAGGGUGAGCGUGUGAUGACCCAGAAUACGCAGAAGACUGUGAGGAUUGUCAGCACUGGGCGCCAGGGCAGGAACCCACUGUGGGUCAGCGUGGAGGAGGAGAAGAGCGCGAGUGCAGAAUCAGAUGCAACAUCUGCACCCAAAAGUUGUGUAACUCUCAUGCCCUACACCCUGGUGACGCCACGCUAUCCGCCCGUCUGCAGGCCUGUCCUGCUGCUGCCCUCGGUGCUGGGACGCAUCCUGGACAAGAAGCUGGCCAGCUGGCAGGGCUUUCAGCUCUGUGAGCCUGAGGUGCUGAGCUCCAGUGAGCAUGCAGCCCAGCUUCAGAGGUCUGAGAUCCUGGAGGAGGUUGAGCAGGGCGGGAGCCGCUGCUACACCCUGCAAAGUGUUGAGAAGGUCAUGAAGAAGGGCAUCCACUGCGUGCUGCCAUUAGGCCUCGACUGCGUGCGCCGGCUGCAGCGCUCUGAGAUCUUCCCCAUUAUCAUCUUCAUUGGCCAGUCUGCACGUAGCGCACGUAAACUGAGGUCAAAGCUGCACCGUCACAGUCAGACGGAGGAGCAGCUGCUGGCGUGUUCGAGGAGCGAGGAGCCGCUGCUGGACAAGCUGCCGUGUCUGUAUCACAGCGUGGAUCCAGAAUCCUGGUGUGACCAGACCUCCCUGCUGACCAGCCUGCGCACCAUCAUCUGGGAGGAGCAGAAGAAGAUUGUGUGGGUGGAGCCUGACCUGUGGUAGGGCAAGAAAAGGCAACAGAAGAAAAACUCAGAACAUUUAUGUAAAUAAUGUAAAUUUCUUAAAGGGCUUCUUGUUUACUGGAUCAUUAAAAAACACAUUAAUAUUAAAAGAAUAAAUAAGCUUUACAAGAAAACCUUUUGUAAACACGAGUAUGUAUCUGUGAUACUUUAUGAGUAACUGGAGGACCAUUUAGUGUGCAUGUAGCUGCAUUACUUACUGAGAAACAUGUUCUACGCUGCACAUUGCCUCCUUUUUUUGACUUAUUUGUUUAAAACAAACAUUUGUAGUGUCCUCUAAAGACACAGGUUUUCUCAUGAAACACACGCUUGUAUUUACUGCAUCCGUACAAAAUGUUGUAGAUAAUUUUUCAUUUUCUAUGUUUUCUUCCUCACAUGCUGUGUUUUGUAAGUCACAUCCUUGAUUUAGAAUAAAAUAAUAAUAAUCUGA